AUGGCCACACCUUGUCGGGGUGCUGGGGCUGGGGCACAGGGUGAGGGUGUGGAUAUCCCACUCCAGGGUCAUGGUGUUGAACCAACUCCUGGGGUGCUGCGUCUAUCAGAGAAUGCUAUCAACCUUCGUGUCCGACGGGUCCUACAGCCCAAUUGCAAAGGGGAGUUCAAGGUGUCAGAGAGUAUCCGAAAGAUGUAUACAGACAAAAGGGGUGGCGGCAAGGAUAAACUCCUUCAGAUAUUCCAGAGCUGCGGGUUCGAUCCGGAGACAUUCGUCCAGGAAUGUGAAGUUCUUGCAGAGGAUUUGGUAUCCAAUGAACUUCGGAUUGAGGGCGAAUUUGUGAGCGAAGAGACCAUGCUGAACGAAUGGGGAUGGACCCAGAAAAGAGUGGAUGGUGUGAAGAGCAUUGCUGAGAAAGACCCCCUGUCCCUCAUGAGGAAGGAUAGAUACGAGAAAGACCUGGUGCUCUACUGGGCUGAAACGGCAGUUAAGGGAAACCACGUGCGCACCAGCACAACCGGCUUCAAGCGCAAACUCAAAUGGGAGGAGAAUGGUGCGGAUCUUGGUUCCUUUGCCCGCCCCACCGGCUUGCCCAACUUCGGUGGCGUGCCUUCUUCCAGUGUCAAAGACAAGGAGAUCCAGGGGCCAGUCCUAUCAACAUUGUUUGUCAACAAAAUCUUUUUCCUUUCCCCUGAAGAUGAAGAUCAGUCAGAUCAUGGUUCUGAUGUCAGCAUUCGGGAUGUCAAGAAGGAAAAGGCCCUCGCUAUCGAAAAAAUUGCCCGAAAGAAAGCUGGCCUUCCAGAGCUUGAGCUGGAUGCCCUCCCCAGUUCGAUUUGCAACAAGAUGAUGACAUGCCUGUCGAAGAGAUCCCAGAAGCUCCAAGACGGAAUUGACAAGUUAGAUUCCGCAGAGAAAUUGUCCGGUUUACAAGAACAGACACUGGUCCAAUUAAGUGGGUUUCUCAAAUAUAUGAAAGGUCAUUGCCUCUUUGUUCCUUGCUCGGCUAACUCCUGUAUAAGUCCCCUGAGACCCCAAGCUCUUCCAGGAUGA